AUGUCAAUAACAUUCGGCUCUUUCGGCGACAUUGUAGCUGCCGUACAAGUCGGUUACAAAUUCGUCCAGGUUCUGGACUCCCAGAAAGGUGCAAAAACAGAGUUCAAUGAACUUCUCGUAGAGCUAAGGCUGUUCUCGGGUUUGCUUGACCUUCUCGUGAAGCAGUGGCCGACUCGCCGUGAAUGCCCUGCUCUUAAAGAGCUCUAUGAUGUACUAGUUCCAGCAGUUCGUGAGGUCAAAGGCGAGAUCAAUACAUGUCUAGAAGGCAUGAUCAACAAGUAUGGGAGAUCUAUGUUUGCCCCAGACAACGAGAGAAGGGGUGCCAAAGACAUAGCAAAGAUGUUUCAAUGGCACGUUCUUGAUAGGAACAGUGCCACAAGGCUCUCGGAGAAAGUAAAGACGUGCCGGGGCGUCAUUCAAGUAAUCCAGGGACAAGCCAACUUGAUUGUGGAAGAGCACGACAGCACUGUCCUGGCUGAGAACCUGACUGCACUCAAGAAAGCAGAGAGUGAUGCCGCACGCAUACUGGACGAAAGGCUUUGCACCCUGGAGCAUAAAGUCGAGAACCAGUACGGCUAUCUAACUUCAAUAUUCAGGAUCGUCGACCGACUCGGUGCAGUAAUCCCCUAUGCGGAGAAUUCGGUCUUACUAGAGGAUGCACUCGGUUAUACGGUUCAAUUUCCACUUGACUGGGUUGAUUCAAUUGAACAUUCUCUCCGACAGGCUCAGGAGUCGCCAUGGUCAAAUGUUGUCAGAAAAUCUAACUUUUGCUUUGCUCUGCGAACAGCAGCCGGGCCACUUUUUAGACGAGACCCAAGACUUUUCGUUGGCUGUCCGUCCUGGGCAGAGACUUAUGAUGUGUAUGGUGCACAAUGUAGCGAGCCACACGUUCGUGAUGCAUAUCUGUCCAGCUUGCCUAGCCAGUUACUUCUGUUUCGAUUACCCAAAUGA